AUGGCGUGGCCGUGCAUCACAAGGGCCUGCUGCAUUGCCCGCUUCUGGAACCAGCUGGACAAGGCGGACAUUGCGGUGCCGUUGGUUUUCACCAAGUACUCGGAGGCCACCGAGCAUCCAGGAGCCCCGCCGCAGCCGCUAGCGCCUCUGCAGUCAGCGAUAGCGCCCCCCUCGCGCGCUGUCGCCAUAGAGACGCAGCCGGCCCAGGGCGAGUCGGAUGUAGUUACCCGGGCAACAGGGCCAGCGCCCGGGCCCAGCGGCGACCGCGAGACUGCAACCGCCCCCGGCCGGAGCGGGCUGGGUCUGGGCGCGGCCUCUGGCUCCACUUCCGGCUCAGGCCCCGCGGACUCGGUGAUGCGACAAGACUACCGCGCUUGGAAGGUGCAGCGGCCAGAACCCAGCUGCCGGCCGCGCAGCGAGUACCAGCCCUCCGACGCGCCCUUCGAGCGCGAGACCCAGUACCAGAAGGACUUCCGCGCCUGGCCACUGCCCCGCCGCGGGGACCACCCCUGGAUCCCCAAGCCGGUGCAGAUCCCUUCGACACCGCAACCUUCCCAGUCUAUUCUUGGGGUACCCAAGCGUCGGCCGCAGAGCCAAGAGCGCGGGGCCAUGCAGACCUCUGCCGAAGCCCGGGACCCGGAAGGCGCUGGAGGAGCCGGGGUGCCGGCGGCGGGAAAGGCGUCCGGUAUAGACCAACGCGACACACGCAGAAAGGCUGGGCCAGCGUGGAUGGUGACUCGCAAUGAAGGGCACGAGGAGUCGCCUCUGCCCCCGGCCCAGUCCCUGACCCAGGAGGGCGGCCCUGCAGCUGGAAAGGCCUCUGGUGCAGACCCCCGCGAUACACGCAGGAGGGCUGGGCCCGCGUGGAUGGUGACUCGCACCGAAGGGCACGAGGAGUCGCCUCUGCCCCCGGCCCAGUCCCUGACCCAGGAGGGCGGCCCUGCAGCUGGAAAGGCCUCUGGUGCAGACCAGCGUGACACACGCAGGAAGGCGGGACCGGCUUGGAUGGUGACUCGCACCGAAGGGCACGAGGAGUCGCCUCUGCCCCCAGCCCAGUCCCUGACCCAGGAGGGCGGUCCUGCGGCUGGAAAGGCCUCUGGUGCAGACGAGCGCGACACCAGGAGGAAGGCGGGACCGGCCUGGAUGGUGCGUCGCUCUGAGGGGCACGAGCAGACACCCGCUGCCCAUGCCCAAGCCGCAGGGCCCGAAGGUGGCAAAGGGCGCGCCGUGGCAGAUGCCCUGAAUAGGCAAAUCCGGGAGGAGGUGACGAGUACAGUGAGCAGCUCCUACAGGAAUGAAUUCAGAGCAUGGACAGACAUCAAGCCUGUGAAACCAAUCAAAGCCAAGCCCCAGUACAAGCCCCCAGACGACAAGAUGGUUCACGAGACCAGCUACAGCGCCCAGUUCAAAGGGGAGGCCAGUAAGCCCUCUCCAGCUGACAACAAGGCCAUGGAUCGCAGAAGAAUACGAAGCCUCUACAGCGAGCCUUUCAAGGAAUGCCCGAAGGUAGAGAAACCUAGUGUUCAGAGUUCCAAACCAAAAAAGACCUCAACGAGCCAUAAGCCCCUGAGGAAGGCCAAAGACAAGCAGGCGGUAUCGGGCCAAGCCGCCAAGAAAAAGACGGCAGAGGGCCCCAGUGCCACCAAGCCCGACGACAAGGAGCAGAGCAAAGAGAUGAACAAUAAACUGGCUGAGGCGAAAGAGACCCGGGUCCAACCCGCCAGUGAUGUGCAGAAUCAAGGUCCUGUAGCCAAAGAACCCCACAAGGAUCAAGGUCCUGUGGUCCCAGGGCUUUCGAAAGGCCAAGGUCCUGUGGUCCAAGAGCCUCUGAAGGACCAAGGCCCCAUGGUGCCAGAACUGUCAAAGGAUCAAAGUCCCGUGGCCCCAGGGUCCAUAAAGGAUCAAGGCCCUACACCCCUGGGCCCUCCAAAGGAUCAAGGUGCUGUACUCCCAGGGCCCGUGAAGGAUCUGGGUCCAGUGGCCCCAGCACCAGUCAAGGAUCAAGACCACGUGGCAUCCGAGCCUUUAAAGAACAAAGAUUCUGUCAUCUUAGCACCAGCCGAAGCCCAAAGCCCUUUGCUGCCGGAGCCGCUGAAGAAUCAGAGUCCCAUGGUUCCAGCCAGAGCUAAGGAUCAAAGCUCCCCAGCACCAGCACUUCUGAAGGACACCGGUCCUGUGGCCACUGAACCUGGGAAAGAGGGAACUCCUGUGGUCCCCGAGCGUAGGAAGGACCAGAAUGCCACAGUCACGGCACCUCUGAAGAAUGAAGCCCCUGUAGUCUCUGAGUCCGUGAAGAAGCAAGGCUUAGCAGACCCAGAGCCAGUCAAAGGUAUAGGUAUAGAUACCGUGGUCCCCGGGCAGAUGAAGGGUUAUGAUUCCGUGUUCAUAGCACCUGUAAAGAACCAAGGUCCAGUGGCCCCUGAGCCAGUGAAGAGCCAAGACCCCAUUAUCCCAACACUAGCCAAGGAUCAAGGUCCCAUGGUCCCAGAACCUCCAAAGAAUCAAAGCCCUGUGGUCCUUGGGUCUAUAAAGAAUCAAGACCCUCUUUUCCCAGUACCUCUGAAGGGUCAGGAUCCCCUGGUGCCAGCCCCAACAAAGGACCAAGGUCCUACGGCCCCUGACCCUCUGAAGAUUCAAGGUCCCAGAGGCCCUCAGCUGUCCACGGUGUCACCUUCACCCCCAGUCAUGAUCCCAACCGUUCCCCAUGCAGAAUAUUUUGAGGGAUCCCCUUGA